GUCGCACCGUUAGGCGGCUUCGCAUCUCUGACAGUACGGAAAGCCACGGGCUUCAGUGUUCACACUUAGAAAGGUCAAUAUACCGGCCCAGGAUCACGGUUAGGCCCCCGCCGUGCCAUCAAGCAGACCACAAAGGCGUACACCUCGGACCGAAUCUAUGCAGAGCACCGCCGGUAUGACCUUUCGCGCUCCUGUCGACACUAAUGCAAGCGAGCUUGCCGAGUCGCUGCUACAAGACCUUGUCGAGACGUCGCAGUUUCUCGAACUAGACCUUACAGACUGCGUCGUCCUCGACCGAUACUGGGUGCACGAAUAUAUAGGCUGGUGUCACAACGUGCUGCGCCUUCGCUGUAUCGCAUGCCCACUCAUUCCGAGCUCAUUCAUACAGACCUUGAGCAGACGGCUUUGGAAGCUGCAGCACAUCGAGUUCACACUCACGACGCCUCCUGGCGAAUUCGACCGGGAGAUUAGAGAACUGCAACGGCUGGAACGAAGACACCAAGUGCGGACCGUGCGCCGAGUGUACGUCGAAUUGGACGGCCAACUCAACUGCUGGCUGCUUCGUUCGCUGCUGACGUAUUUCCCCUUAAUGCAACGCUUGCAUGUACACCUUCUCAGCGGGAGUUUCAAGGAAGUGGUGCAGGUUAUUCUGAAAAUCAUAGAUGACAGUGCGUUUCUACAAACCUUCACGUUCAGCUCUGAGGUUCCUUCACCAAUGCAGCAAGUGCCUAGGGAGGCCGCUGAUCUUUUGGUUUGGUCUUUUGCCUGUGGCAACGUCACUUACUGGAAGUUUGGCGAGUCGUCCAGCUGCGCUCGGUUAAAAGACUUGGCAACCGCACCUGAGUGCCGAAACCUUCCCUCGCAGUUGGUGCUGGUCGUGGAGCACGACGAAGACUUGGUCAGCGGCAGAAUCGGCGAUGCUAUCCAGGGACAUGUCUGGUCCCAGGUCCGCUGUAUGUGUCUCGUCUUAUUCCCAGGGCAGUCCUUAUCCACCACUUAUCCUAGGGCUGAAGGGGACUACUUGGACGCUCUCCGAGAGUUCACUCCCGUGCUCGAGCACAUCGUCGAGCUGAACGUCAGCUCGUUCCACUUCGGUCCGGGCCUCGACCUGGUGCAAGUCCUCCAGGACGGAGCGUUGAGGUUCCUGCAAGCGCUCUCGGCGCCGCCUUGUGGGCUUCGCCAUCCCUUCGCGCUGCGCCGCCUCGCCCAACUCUGCCGGAACCUCGAAGACCUGGACAUUCGCUUGGACCGGCGGGGGCGCUUCGAUGAAUGCUCCACCUGCAAUCUGGAGUUAUGCUUUGACGCGGAAGAUCUGGCCGCACUACACGACGAUGUACCAUGGUAUCGUUGCGGGCUCCAUCGGCUGACUUUGAGCGACGUGCCAGCGCUGACGUCACUACGCUUCUUGGAGCGAUCUGAGGUGGUCGAACUACGUCUCUCCAGCUGCAUGCAGCCAUCGCACCCGGACUUUCAGGACAUCGGAGAAGUGCUGAGCAAGAACGAGAGACUGCGUUACCUUGUGCUCAAGGACAAGGACCUACCGUUCGGUUCGACGUCCAUGUUGACUAACAUUCGCCGGCUCCAGUUGCUGGAGUACUUGUGCCUGGUGUCUACUGCUCUUCUGGAGAGUCAUGUCGUCGAUAUGCACGUCACGGAGCUUCUCUCCACGCUUCCGCGCUUACGCUGCUUCCACGCCCAUUAUCGAGACAAGGAUGACGACCUCGAGAAACGGAUCACGUGGAUGCGGCGUGACGACGAGCGUCAGAACAGCGUCCUGGUUGAGAACAGCCCCUGUGUUCUGUGCUCCACAGCCACCUUCAUAGGACUCGCCAAGCCACGCAACCGCGGCUUCAGGGCAACUCUGUAGGGUUGGACGCGACAGCUGCACUGAAGCGGUGCACUUCUGUGCUAUUGCGCGUGUUCGCAGAACAGUGCUCGCGUGAACCACGAUCUCCGAGAACGACAGUUGGGGCCUUUGACGUGAACAAUUAAGUUUGAAUUGGGUUUACAUGGGCAGGUUGAGAGAUGCGACACACGUGGGAAGACAUUAUAUCCUACACGGGGAGACAUUACAAUGCAAAUUACAGUUCUGGCCUACCAACGUCAACUUGCACUGAACAAUCAGGUCUUAAUUUGCAUUAGCGCUGCUAUUGGUGGUAUGUUUGUGUGAUUCACAGUUGCCAGACUUAUUUAUGAACUUAGACGUACUUUGUUAAAUGUAGACGAAGUUGCCUUCCAAGCAUACGUAACGUGUACGGAUUCAUUGGUGUGGCAAUGACUACGACUCCACUGUUACUUAACGUACGCGAACAUCAUCGGACCUGGAAUGAGGCUUUUCAAUUCUGGCUUUUACUGUUUUAAAAUGAUCUCAUGUUCAUGACGACAGUGCUCUUCUUUCUUCGAAAGUGCACUACAAUAUUUUAUAGCAUUUUAUGUUCUGACUUCCUUUGAGGUACUUCCUUUUAGCACGGACACAGAACGCUCGUGUGUAAAGGUGUCCUUUUAUGAAAAGAAAUGUACAACUACUUUGAUUUAUCUUGCGAGGUUGAUCCGCAGUACCAUAGUAUCACUUCUUUACUAUAUGUGGUUGGCAACAUAUCCAUACAAACCCGCAUCCAUCUAAGCAUUUACAAUGCAUGCUCUGACACAUUUGGCAGUACAGUAUGCGAAUUGCUCUAUGUGAAUUUCUAAGUGCAUAGUCUCAUAUCUAUAGUGGUAAAUAUACCCGCCGUGGUUCUUUAGUGGCUAUGUCGUUUGGCUGUCGAGCACGAGGGCCGCGUUCAGUCCCGACCGGCGGGGGCCGCCGUAUUUUGGUGAAGGCGAAAUGUAGCAGUGGUCGUGCACUUAGAUCUAGGCACACUUUCGAGGAGCACAGCUGGUCGAAAUUGGCUACGAGUCCUCCGGUCUGGCACCCUCAAAUAGCAAUGAACAGUGGCAGGAAGUUCAACAUCGCAAUUUAAUACUUGAUGUUGAAUAUAUGGACAAUCUACGGAGAAAGACGACAUGCUCACGCUAGAAAUUUGUUUUUAAUAUGUUGAGCUAUAUGUUGUUCUAUUAUUCAUUCAACUCCGCUGAAUUUGCUUUCCUAAAACCCUGCACAGUUCUAGAGGAAAGAAAGUCCGCGUAGUGCCUGUUCUUCCCAAGGUGAGUCACCGACUGCAGCGCCGCAAUGAAAUGUUAUGCGAAACCCAAACGUUUUCACGGCCUAUCCUCGCAGUCAUGAAAAGUUAAACAAGCUUGCACAAGACACGAGGGUCAUUUAAUUCUUUAGUCGUGAAGGCGAACGUCCGCCACCUCGGCAGCUGACGCGCGAACCGAUUAAGUAGUGUCAAUGAGCACAACUCCGUUUUGUAUAGAGAAAACAAAUCGCGAUUGAAGCGUCUAUAUACGCAGUGUUUUUAUUUUUUCAACUGCACAGAAUUUUGUUUAAGCUUCCCGAGGCACAUCCCAUAUUUUUAAGCAAGCUGGAUUGUUCGAGAAGGCGAACAUUGCGCGACAAAUGGUUAUGCAUAACGGACUUAUUAAGAAAUAUCCAUUAAAUUUUAACUAUUCACUUUA